UGAAUAACUAAAAAUAUCUGGGAACCUGGAUAAAUGACAACAAUGACCAAGGUAGAGAAAUAAGGAGACGCAUUGAAAUUGCAAGACAAGCAUUUAUACAAAUAAAAACAAUGUUUGUCAAUCGAGACCUUCCCCUGGAUCUGACGAUAAGAGCCUUAAGAUGCUACGUGUUCUCGGCUUUGUUGCAUGGAAUGGAAAGCUGGACACUAAAAGUGGAUAAUAUAAAGAAGUUGGAAUCAUUUAAGAUGUGGUGCUAUAGAAGGAUUUUGAAAAUACCAUGGACCCAACGAAUUACAAAUGCAGAAGUGUUAAGAAGGCUACAAAAGGAUUGCGAGGUCAUAAAACACAUCAAAACAAGAAAGCUGGAAUUUUUAGGCCACAUUACCAGAGGUGCGAAAUAUAAGAUAUUAAAGCAGCGGCCAAUAAGGUACGGAUAGCUGUGA